CCUAGUGUUAGUAAGUUUACGCUUUAAAUUUAUUCAAUUAACAAUAAAUAGAGGAAAAUACUUUUCAAAGUUGUAUCGUGCAUUUCCCUUUGUUUAUUUUUUAAAUCGAUGUACAAUGGAAAAUAUUGAAAAAAUUAUCGAUCUUUUGCAUAAAAGGAAAGUUAUACGUAAUGAACAAUUCGUAAACGAAGAAAAAAAGCAAAUUACAGAAUACAAUAAUUUAAUGUAUAUAUUACAAACUAUAAAAGAUGAACGUAAUAAUUGUAAAGAGAAUAUUAUUAAAAAUCUUCAGUGUUUAACGAAACACAAACAUUCAGUUAACCAACUCGUUCAUAAUUCAGAAAAUAUUCCAAGAUUACCAAUUUCUCAAGAUUAUCAUCGGCAAGCAACAAUGUUUUUAUCAGAAAGUAUUGAUUUUAUAAAUAAAUUACCAAAUAUAUAUACAAAUUUUGAUGACGCUACCAAAGAGAAUAAUAUUAAUUCUGCAAAUCUUCUUCAUAAUAUUACAUCUUGUACAAAUAGCGUAGAAAGUAAACUUUGUAAUAUAAAAUCGCUGAUUGCAAAUGUGAACACAUUGCAGAAAAAUACAGAUAUAUUGCAAGAAUAUUGUUUAGUUAAUAGCGAUGAGAAUGUGGAAAUCUGAACAAAUACUGUUUUACAUUUUAAUCAUAUUAUAAGAUAUUAACACAAGUUUAAUAUUAUAAAAUAUUAAUUCUUACAUGUAUUUGUUGAUAGAGUUAUACUCAUUAUUCAUAUUCAAUUUUAACAUAAUUAAAUUUGGAUCCACCACACUCUGCAACAAAUAAAUGCUCUUAAAAAAUUAAA